CAGUCUCUGUACUUCUCCAUACCUUCUCUGGGCUUAUAUACACCGCCAUUGUUCCUCUGCAACUUUAACCUCCUCCCCAGUCUCUCACCUACGCGAAUAAGGAGGAGGAGAAGAAGAGGAGGAGUUCUGGGUCCGACCCCACAGUCCCAACUCCUCUUCUCCUUCUGCCGUAGCCAAUCUCUCAUCACAGCCAGAGCUCCAAUGGCCAAAUUUCCAUUCUUGAUUUCAGCUUUGGCUGUGAUGUUCUCUCCGUUAUUGUUCAUCCGAGGGGUCGAACCGACAACCUUUACGAUCGUGAACAAGUGCGAUUACACGGUGUGGCCGGGGAUCCUGGCAAAUGCCGGCGAGCCGGCGCUUUCCACCACCGGCUUCUCCCUCCAGAAGGGCGAGUCCCGGGCCAUCUCCCCCCCGUCCGGCUGGGGCGGCCGCUUCUGGGGCCGGACUCGCUGCACGGCGGACUCCGGCUCCGGCAAGUUCUCCUGCCUCACCGGCGACUGCGGCUCCAACAAGCUCGAGUGCUCCGGCGGCGGCGCCACCCCUCCCGCCACCCUCGCCGAGUUCAAGCUCGACGGCGACGGGGGCCUCGACUUCUUCGACGUGAGCUUGGUGGACGGCUACAACCUGCCGAUGCUGGUGGUGCCUCAGGGCGGCUCCGGCGCCAACUGCACCAGCACCGGCUGCAUGGCCGACCUCAUCGGCACGUGCCCCUCGGAGCUGAGGGUGACGGAUGCGGGGGAGUCUGCGGGGAAGGGGGUGGCAUGCCAGAGCGCGUGCGGGGCGUUCCAGCAGCCGCAGUACUGCUGCAGCGGCGCGUACAGCUCACCGCAGACGUGCAAGCCGUCGCGGUACUCUGCGGCGUUCAAGAGCGCGUGCCCCGACGCGUACAGCUACGCCUACGACGACGGGACCAGCACCUUCACGUGCGCCAACGCGGAUUACGUCAUCACCUUCUGCCCGGCGCCGACCAAGAGCCAAAAGUCGGCAUCAUCCGAUCAACCUCCGGCUGAGAGCACUUCAAGCUCUUCGGCUCCGCCAGAGAUUGAUAGCGCGAUGGUGUAUGAGGGCGUAAUGGACAUUAGCGGUGCAUCACCGUCCACGCGAUCCGGCGUGUCGUCAUCCUAUGCAAUCUCCGUCCUGGUCGUCCUCAUCGCGGCGGUUCGGCAGCUGCGCUGAAUUAACGUUAACCCUCCACUUUAAAUUACCAAACUGACCCUCCGAUAGCGAACUUUGUCGUAUACGGAAAGCCCAUAUAAAGGUUCCAAAAUAUGCUUAUCUCAUGACCUUUUCUGGCCCAACUGUGGGUGUCCAGUAGCACGUGGGCCCAUGGCUCCUGGUUGGUUCUCCUUCACGGCUAAAUAUUCAAGGAGUGUGAAGAAUCAAUGAAAGUAAUUGUAAGUGAGAAUCCGUGAGUCCGUUGUGGGAUGAAUUUUUCACUUUCAAAUAUUUUGAUUGAGUGUUACACAUUCAAGUGAAUGAGUAAGUGAGAAUCCGUGGGUCCGUUGUGGAAUCAAUUUCUCCCUUUCAAAUAUUUUGAUUGAGUGUUACACAUUCAAGUGAAUGAGUAAUACUCACUCAAUAUUUGCUCAUUCUUCAUCGUUGGUAGGCCCACGGGGCUCCAAGAUGACAUGGCGCUGAUUCGUGAUGGAAAAGCUCACCUGUCCACCUGAUUUGGCAGUAGGGAUUGACAAAUUGGUAGUGGACACGACAGCUUCAGUAUCUUAUCCCGAUUCCCGAGCUCGUGUUCACAAAAGAAAUCGAUCCCGAUCUUCUAGUUGAGGUUUGCUACUUUAAUGAUUGAGAGACCCCGGGCUCGAUGGGCAAAUCAGUGUGAUCUGAUCGCAUCAAGCGGGGAUUCAGAAUUCUUAGUCAUGUGACGAUGGCGGAGGCAUGUUCUUUGCACUACAUAUGAAGCUUGAUAAUGAAUAUAUACUUGCUAGGUCUCAUAGUUAUUAUUAUAUCGAUCGACUUCUAGAAACUGUGUACGAUCUCUAUUAUUUUUGCGCAUGAAUGUUUUGUAUUAGGUCA